UCCUCCCAUCAGAAAGAAAGAGUGUUUGCCUCACAUCAGUUUUUUUUCGUUUCUCUCUUUCUGUCUCUCUCUCUCUUUCUCUGUGGGUACCAUGAGACCAGAAGGAAACCCAUUAGAUCUUAACAAUUUGCCUGAUGAUUACUCUAGAGAUGGCAAACAAGUUCUCGAAGACCAUGCCUCUUCACCCGGUUGCAGGAAAAAGAAAAGCGGCGGGAAGGAUGGAAAAGACGAGUGUGGGAAGGUCUACGAGUGUAGAUUUUGUUCCCUCAAGUUCUGCAAAUCUCAGGCUCUCGGGGGACACAUGAACCGCCACCGCCAAGAGAGGGAAACGGAGACGCUGAACCAAGCUCGUCAGCUGGUCUUCCGUAGUGAUCAUAACCUUGCUGCACAAGCUCCUCCUCACUUAGGAUGCUGUACACCGGGAGGGUAUCAUCCACCAGGGGAUCCAACAGUGCCUAUGAGGUUCCCGAGAUACUUCUCAGGUUCAUCCUCAACUCACAUGGCGCCACCACCGCCACCGCAACCAUACCUAUACGCUUCACCUUCGAGACCAGUGUCUUUUGGGUCAUCGCACUUCCCGCACCAGCAUGCAGCGAAUGAUUACUAUGUGGGUCACGUGAUGAGUGGGAGCUAUGGAGGAGAGAGCACUAGCAGCUACACUUGCAUUGGUGCACCGGUGGGGCAAGGAGGAAAAGAGGGAACAGUGCAGGAAGAAGGAUUGAGUUGGGGAAGGGGGUAUGCAGGAGCACAGCAUCGUUUAGAUCCUGCUUCAGCGAUCAAUCGGUUUCAAGAUGGUUUCUAAUGAGAUUCGAUGUCUGUUUGAGUGUUUUUGGUAUGUGUUAUGACUUAUGAGAUAUCAUAAAGACACGCAAUCCAGAGAGAGAGACAUAACAAGCUGACACAUGGGGUCAUGGGAUGAGAUGAGGAAGAAGAAGAGAGAGAGGGUUUUGGUUUAUCUACAGUAACGAGAGACAGCUUUUGAGCUCAUGGACACGCUCAGCUACUUUGGCUUGGAGCUGUGGGGUUGAGUGGGUGAGAUUUGUUCUCAAACAUGGUCUUUUGUAUUGGUAGCUACCAGUUAGAUAUGAACUGAAUCUUUCCAAAUUUCCUUUUUACAUUCACUUCCUUUUGCAUGUCAAAUUUUCUUUUUAUUUCAAUAUAUAUUAUAUUAGUAGUAAUAUCUAUCUCGAGAGAUAUUGACGUGUGUUUAAUUUUUGUGGCAGUUAGUUUAAUUUAUCUAGUUGUUUUA